UCGUCAUGAACGAUAAUUACUUUUUCUCAAGCAUGGAUACUUCCAGAGAGGGGCUCAAAUCAGCUCUUUUCAAGGACCAAGAGGACUUCUCGUUUGGAGACUCGCUUAUUCAUACUGACUACAGCACAAAGUUGCCAGAUAAUAUCUUGCAUAAAGGCUCUUGAAUAAGUCCAAAAGAAGGUGUUAUAAAGUCAAAUACCCCCAAUAUCCUUGGAUGUAGCAAAUCUCAAAAGGAGACUCAUGAUUACUGUGAGACUGAGAUGAAGACCUCCUUUGAGACUACAAUCCACGCUGGUGCUAACUAUGCUGAUUUUAUUGGGUCAAAAGCCUUCGGAAGUAUCUUUUCAGAUAGGAGAUCAUUUACUAAAGAAGUUGAAAUCCAGAGCAUUGACUGAAACGUGUCAUCCUCAGAUAGCUCUGAUAACGAAAUUUGCUUCAACUUCGCUCCUGAGGUACCAUCUCCUACUGAAAUAAUGCAUGAAACUGUAAGAAUCCCUGAACAGAGAGAAAUUAUUGAGCCAGUUCCAGAGAAAGUCCAAACUGGGGAACUUUAUAAGACUCCAAAUUACAAGGGGAAAAAGAGAUCCAAUGUGAAUUAUGAGACCAAGCACAAUACUAAUGACAUCAAAACUCACGAGGAACAGAUGAAGAAGAAAUAUGGUGUCAAGCUUAGCGUCAGGAAGGAUGUAGUCAACAAGACCUUGUUCAGAUCACUCAAGAGAUACUACACCGACCUCUUCAUGGGCCAGUUCUCUUUGACCAAGAAGGAGUCUUCCGAGUCUUAUAUGGUCAAGAUCAGAACUUUUUGUACUAAACUGUUUAAUGAAAAACUGACUAAUGUUGUUCAGGAAGAAUUGACCUAUACCGAAGUUGAGAAAUUCCUAUCAAUAUUAAUAUCUCCAAACCAUGUCAAGGAUCUGCUUACAGAAGCUGAUGAUAUGUCCCUUCAUAAGGAAUAUUAUUCAUGCUUGUAUCAAUACUCACACAAGAAGCUUGCCAAAAUGCUGGUGAAUCCUAUCUGUGGCUACUUAUUCACAGAAUUUAUCACUAGCGGCAAUCUCACCAAAUUUAUUUCUACUUGCACUACGAUGAACCAGAAUGCUGAUGUUUACGAGUCAGCAGGGGAGUCGUUUUUGAAGAUUAUCAUGGGAAAAGAUGCCAAGGCCUCUAAGGAGGCAUCAUCCAUGAGAUCAUCCCAAAGAGUGGUCUAAAUUACUUUUAGGGCCACUUUACUUUUACUUACUUUACCCAUUACAUUUUACU